CUAUUUAAAUCGCAGGCACUCCACAGGUGGACAGUCGCUUCAGCCAGUGCCCGGGCUACCGGCAGAGAAGAGAAGGGUGGCAUGGCUCUGGGAGAGAAGGGAAGAGAGGAGGGCCCAGCCAAGCGUGCCCUCCGGAAGGUCCGCACAGCCACCCUGGUUAUCAACUUGGCCCGAGGCUGGCAGCAGUGGGCAAACGAGAAUAGCAUCAGGCAGGCCCAAGAGCCCACAGGUUGGCAGCCGGGAGGGACCCAGGACGCACCCCGAGCUCCUAAGCCAGUGAUCUACCCCGCCCCCCACCAGAAAGCUCAGAGCGCCCCGAAGUCUCCCUCCCAAAAGCCAGAGGGAGCCGCUGAAGCCUCUCGUAUCAAAAGGAGAGAGGUGACCAAAACAAUUGUCAGCAAAGCUUACGAGAGAGGAGGGGAUGUCAGCCACCUCAGCCACAGGUACGAGAAGGACGGUGACAUGCCUGGAGCCGGGCGGCAAGAGGAUGACAUUGACAGAAUCCUCCAGAGCCAUGGCUCCCCGACGCGCAGGAGAAAGUGCGCCAACCUGGUGUCCGAGCUGACCAAAGGCUGGAAAGAGAUGGGACGGGAUGAGCCCCAGUGGCGGAGUGACAGCAUAGACACAGAGGACAGCGGCUACGGAGGGGAGACCGAGGAAAGGCCCGAGCAGGACGGAGAGCAGGUGGUCGCCAUCAGAAUCAAACGCCCCUUGCCUUCCCAGGCAAAUAGAUUUACAGAGAAACUCAGCUGCAAGGCCCAGCGGAAAUACAGCCAAGUGGACAACCUGAAAGGGAGAUGGCAACAAUGGGCUGACGAACACAUACAGACACAGAAGCUCAAUCCUUUCAGUGAGGAAUUUGAUUACGAGCUGGCCAUGUCCACCCGCCUGCACAAGGGAGAUGAAGGCUAUGGCCGUCCCAAGGAGGGAACCAAAACUGCAGAAAGGGCCAAGCGAGCUGAGGAGCACAUCUACCGAGAGAUCAUGGACAUGUGCUUCAUCAUCCGCACGAUGGCCCACCACAGACGAGAUGGCAAGAUUCAGGUUACUUUUGGAGACCUCUUUGACAGAUACGUUCGUAUUUCAGAUAAAGUAGUGGGCAUUCUUAUGCGUGCCAGGAAGCAUGGACUGGUUGACUUCGAAGGAGAGAUGUUAUGGCAAGGCCGAGAUGACCAUGUUGUGAUUACUCUACUCCAGUGAACCUUCAACAACAAAAGCCAGACUUGACCCACUGUUGUCUUAAUGCUAAAUGUAAUGUAAUAAGAAUUAAAAUGCAAACUGCUCCGUAAUAACCUAGUAUAUAUUAAACAAUUUUUACAUAAA